UCUGAAGCUUCUUUGUCGUGUGAUGUUAUCAAAACCGUUAUUCAGAUGCUAGUCCUUCCCAAUUUGUUUUUACCAAACAGUGCUCAUGUUUUAAAAACAGACUGUUCUAGCCUUGCAUUGCUUUUCUAACAUAAGCUAAAUGAAGUUGUAAAAAACAGAGGCAUCACAACUGAUCCUACUCUUUGUAGAAAUGUGACACAGUGGUUGUGAUUCCCCCCCAAAAAGUUGCCCAAAGGGACGAUCAAUUAUAUCUCAUCGUAUCGUACUCCUUUAAUUCAAAAAUACUUUCUACACUUAAUAUCUGCACAACCUACACAUUCAAUGUCCCGUAGGGGAUUCAUAUCUACAAAGAAGUGUUCACAUAUCGUGCUGCUCAGCUGUAAUUAAAGAGGAUUGGUUGCUGGCACCUGCCUGGCAGUUGCUCUAGUUGAGCAGCUUGUUGGUUGUCCUGGCAGGGAGUAGCAGGCAGGAACCCAGGCUGUGUACUGUAAACCACGUGGUCAUGCACAACCAGGAAGAGAUGUGUGGAUCUGUCGCUGCAGAGUCAGAGGGAGCUGGAAAUAUCUGGAUGGAUCAUUGGAUGUAGAUCAUUAAUCAAGGAUUAAUGUCAGCCUCUGCCAGUCAGGCUAGUGACUGGGUCAUAUUUGCAUGCCUGGCAUACUAUUAACCUUGGGACAUUAUGAUUUCUCAAGUUAUAAAUGAUUCCAAAAUUAUGAUUAUUAUUCCGUUUAUAUUACCCUAAUGAAGUGAAUAUAGGACUUUGAGCUCUUGCUCGGAAAUGACCACUGUCUUGAAUGGAGCAUGUGCAGAAUGUACUACAGUGAAUAUACACCGCCUGGGGCUGUGAAUGAAAUACUGUGAACUUCAGACAUGUGGGGCUUUAGACUCAGAGUGAUGUGAAAUAGCUUAGUGGAGGACCAAGUUUGCUAACUGACGUGUUGUGCAAAGAGAGACUGAAAGAAAAAGGAAAAAGCAUGUUGUGGCCUCUUGUGAAGGAAGAGGGGAAACGCAGAGCAGAAAUGUAAUCUGAUUCCUGCUUUCACUUUGCCCACUCCUCCAUUCCCUGCCCAACCCUCUCAGGGUGAAAGGUUACAUUCUCAGUCAUUUCUGUCUCCGCGAUUGGUCCGAAUGCUCCAGGGUAGGUUGACUUCCUAGUAUCAUCCUCGGAGCCUUUGUUUAGUUGUGCUCCCGACAACCAGGCAUGCCCAGACUGCACGCGCACACUCAUACGCACUGCAACCAGCGCCAGCUAGUCAGGAACAAAUGAUCUCACACAUGGUGUUGUAGUUCUUAGGCAGUCGCCUGAUGACGGUGUGUUUAGAGUGAGAGACGACGAGGAAUAACAAAGAAGGCACGCACUCUGUUUUUCUUUCGUUCUGACGAGCUUGAAGCCUUUUGGUUUGCUGUUUCUCAGAUUGCAGUUGGCUGGCUCCACACUCCUUUCCUCAGCCCCAGGGUGCCUCCAGGGGCAGCAUGGCAGCCCAGCCCAGCCGCGGAGCCUCUCAGUCAGGUGCGCUCCGACGGGGCCGUGGGUCCUCUGCUUCCGUGGCCUCCAGGGGCCCAGUCGGGCCGGCUCCUCAGGCCCAGGGUGACACAGCGCUGCUGGAGAGGAUUCUGGAGCAGCCCAGGCUGGUGGUGGUGGAGGAACCCAAGGAGAGGGGCAUGAGGUUCCGCUACGAGUGUGAGGGCCGUUCCGCUGGCAGCAUCCUGGGGACCUCCAGCACCGACACCAAAAAGACUCUGCCUGCUAUAGAGAUCAAUGGUCCCAUCCAGCAUGUCAAGAAGGUGAGAGUCACCGUCUCCUUGGUGACCAAGGACAUCCCCCACCGCCCGCACCCGCACUGCCUCGUGGGUAAAGAUUGUGCUGAGGGUACAGGGAUCUGUGUGGUCAGUUUCAACCCUCACAAGGACCGAUGCCACAGUUUUGCUAACCUGGGUGUCCAGUGCAUCAGGAGGAAGGAGCUGGAUGCCUCACUGGAGAGGAGACGGAGCCUAAACAUUGACCCCUUUAAGACGGGCCAUUCCAAGAGCAUCGAGGACAUGGACAUGAACGUGGUGCGUCUGUGCUUCCAGUGUGAGCUGGAGGGGGAGGACGGCAUCCUGGAACAGCUCUAUCCUGUGGUGUCCCAACCCAUCUAUGACAAGAAGGCAACCACCACUUCAGAGUUGAAGAUCAACCGUCUGAAUGAAGUUAAAGGAUCCUGUACCGGCAAGACUGAGAUUUACAUGCUGUGUGACAAAGUGCAGAAAGAUGACAUUGAAAUCAUCUUCAAGCGGGGAUCAUGGGAGGCGAAGGCGGAGUUUGCCCAGACGGACGUUCACCGGCAGAUUGCCAUUGUGUUCAAGAGCCCGCCCUACCAGGAGCAGGACAUCACAGAGGAGCAGGACGUCAGUGUCUUCCUGCGCCGCCUGUCGGACCACAUGGACAGCGAACCUGUGACCUUCACCUACCUGCCCCACAACCCAGAUCCAUAUCAGGUGAACCGCAAGAGGAAAAUCAAGAAGGACAUCAGUUUCUCGGAGAGGUCCUGUGUGGCAGCUCAGAGUCUGGCAGCGUCAGACUCCUCUUCCUCCUCCAAGCCCUUCGAGUCGUUCGUCUACCCAGCUGAGACUUGCGUGUUCCCAGAUGAAGUGAACCUUUCUGCCCAGACAGGGUCCUCCUCCCUGGGGGAAAUGCAAUACGGCAUCCCCCUGGAGGAGGAACUCUUGUACAGCCUGGAGAACUACACUUUUCUCAACCAGCUGCUGGAAGACCCAAGCCUCCAUGCAAUGCUGAACAACCCUGCCCUCACCUCCCUCACUUCCAGCCUCACUCCCGUCGACCUCCACGGCCUCAGCCUGGGACCCAACGCUAACUUUGCUAACCUGGAUGCAAACUUAAACCCCAACCAGAUCGUGCCUGAAAUUGGGCAACAGGAUGUUGCCUACUACAACGACAUGCAGCUGCAAAUCAUGGUCAACCAGUACCCACCUACGGAGGUCUCUGACUCCAACCUUGUUGACAUGGACCAACAUGAUAAUGAAGGGGUUGGCGGGGUAUCGGUGAAGGUGGAGAAAGGCCUAUGAGGGGGGGAGAAACCAUAACCUCCAUCCACAGAUGGUUGGCCCAUAGUCUUAGACUGCAUCCUUCUGAUACUGUUCCUUUUUAGCAUAGAAAAGCAGUAGAAACUCUCUAGUAGAACAGCUUGUGUGUAUGAAGCAUGAGCAACUCAGACAUUGUGCUAGAGCUCUGUGAGUCAUCUGUCCUGUUCCUCCCCACCCCCGUCCUCCAAGCCCCCCUCCCCCCUUUAGGCCUCGCUGGACGAGCCUACAUUCCAGACUCUCUACACCUCAUCUCCUGACCACAUGAGUCAUUACUACCCAACCUUCCACAGAGAGAAACUGACAUUCCAACCGACAUCUCCCCUACCUACCGACCCGACCCAUAACCAGGCCUGUGGGACUUUGCUGCUGUCUUUCUCUGUGUAAUGUUAGCCCUAACACUGGGUAUCUCAGCACUUAGUUAGCAUGAAGCAUACAAUUAUGUUAUUAGCAUGUAAAUAGCCAUUCUGUGUAAAUAGCCAUUAGGACUGAGGCUGAAGAAUUGCCUCUUGCAAGGCUUUGACUGCCUUCUGUAAGCACUAUUUUAUUUUCUUCUGUUUAGUUUUUGGUCUAUUCUUUGUUGUGUGUAGGUAUUUUAGACAAAGAGAGACUGAAAGAAUCGGUCUGAAGUGACUAGAAUGGCCUGUUGUUGAAAAAAACAAGGAC